AUGCCGAAGACAUUAUCUAAAGUUCAUAAGCAUAUCUCCAAGAAGCGCGGAGUCGUCGAGGCGCUUCAUGAGAACAGCCGCGAUGCAAAGAGACUGCGCCGCGCCAAUGCGAGAGACGACCGAGUCGCUCGAGUCCACACCAAUAUGUCGCGGGGGAGACAGACAUAUGUGGACCGGAUUGCCUAUUUCCAAGAUAACAUUCCUGAAGAUAGUGGGCCGUUCUCCGACAAGGACAUGAUGGAUGUGGCCGCAAGAUACAUCAACCGCAGCGUCCCCGAGAUCGAACAGCUACAAAGCGAGCGCCGGAAAGGUCGACCGCCUAGCAAGCGCGAAGAAGCCCUGUUGCAACGAACGGACGUGGAGGACAAGGAAUUCAAGACUGGAUUUUGGAUGCCCGAUAUCAGCCAGCAGGAUGUGAUCAAGAAACUUGCGUCGUGGAAUGGCGAUUGGUCCGGUUUGAGUACGAUGAAAUUCAUCCGUCUCACUAAAGAUGGAGAGAAACAGUCGUCAGCCUUUCCGCCGAAGGGCAUGUCGUGA